AGCCGCGCUUUUUUGCAAAAGCUUCGAAAGCCAGCCUUGGAAUUGAAUUGUUUUUUGGGAUCCGGCAAGACGCCGCUCUCUUUUGAGCCGUCAGGACGAACACAGCUUCCGCCGGUUAUUUUUCGCUGAGUCAGGAGAGGAGAGAAUAUCUACGGGAAGAGGGAAGAGAGAAGUCAAUCUGAUUCUCCAGCAAACAAACAGCCAGCCAUGCCAAAGGUCAAGUGCUACUCGGCAGCUUGGCUGUCGAAAAAUGCCCCCGGCAACCAGCUCUUUGAGCCUUCAGCCGAAUCCCUUCGAUCCAGGGCCCUGUCACCGGGAAAGAAGAAGCAGUUUCCCGGGCCUCGGAGGACGAUUGCCCGACGCGGAACGGAAGUGUUUGUUGCUGCGGGCAGGGAGAUCCGAUGGGGCGAUCUGGUCUACCUCAAGGAAGAAUGGACGGACAAACAAUCGCGGAGGAGGAGCAGCGUGGGUGUUCGGAUCAAGCGCGAGGACGACACUUUACAGUCGAUUGAUACGGAUGGCACUGACACGGCGGGCGGAUGGAGGAUAAUCAAGACGCCAGUGGCCGACGAUAUUCGACAGCUCAUCAUCUCGCCCAAUACAAACCUGCUGGCUAUUCUCACGACACACACCGUACACAUCUGCGCACUGCCCGACUCAUCUCACCUUACGAGCGAAGACACCAGCCCGCUGAAGCCCAAAACAUACACACUCGGGCCUACGACCCACGUCACUUCCCGCUCUGCCGUUGUGUCCGCUCUAUGGCACCCUCUGGGAGUUAACGGCUCUUGCAUUGUGACCAUCACGGCCGACGCAACGGUCCGCCUGUGGGAGCUUUCGACGCAGGACCGCUGGUCGUUUGACUCUCCGACGACGUCGAUAGACCUCAAGAAGUUGGUGGAUGGCACCAGCGUUGAUCAGGAUUUUUCUGCGUCUGUAUCGGCCACCAGCAAAGCCUUCUCGCCCGAUGAGUUGGAGAUGGAGGUGGCAGCAGCAAGCUUCGCGACUAAGGGCUCCGGCGGCUGGAAUCCGAUGACACUGUGGAUUGCGAUGCGCGAAGGCGAUGUGUAUGCGCUGAGCCCCCUUCUACCACAGCGAUGGGCACCUCCGCCUACACUGAUUCCUUCUCUUUCGGUCUCCAUUGUUACCGCCGAGGCUGCUAUCGAGGACGACCCCAGUGUGGACGCCAAAGAGCAACUUCUAACGCAACAACAACGUCAAUGGAUGAGUGAGAUUGAUUCCCAGGAGCCUCAGAUCAUAGAGUCUAUUAUCCCAGGAGAACCAGCGCUCGAAGUCUACACCAGACCCUCGCGGCCCGGUGCCAUCCCUCGCCUCCAAGGACCUUUUGACUUACAGGCAAGCCCGGAAACAGGAGAUGACUUGGAUAGCUCCAUCACAGACAUCCUGGUGAUUGGAAAGAAGACCGAGACGGAGGAUCUUAUUCUGGGCGAGGAAGACGAGCUGGACUUUGAUAACGGAGACCAGGAAGGCCUCUCCCUGGCUCUUAUUUGCUUGCUAUCUACAAGUGGUCAGGUCCGCGUCUACUUGGACACAGACGGAGUCCAGGCCCAGUGGCUACCUCCCAAAGGCAAAAGCAGGUUUAGCCAUGUGUUGAGCGCUGCUGAUACGGAGCCCCCCACGCUUCUGGCAUUCCAAGCCAUUGAUACCAUGACCCCAGUUGAGGUCAACGAGGGUAGCUGGCCAGUGUUUAGUACUGACGUCGUGUCGCGGUACAACUUUUUUGUCACUCACCAUGCGGCCAUUACAUACAUUUCCCUUGCCCCUUGGAUCUUCAGGCUCGAAAGCGAGCUGCGGGGAGAGGUUGAGGCUGGCACAGACUUCCGUCUUGGCCUUUUGGCCAACUCACAGUCCACCAGAGACAGGGUAUACGCACAGCAGGCGGCAGAUGUCGGAAUCCCCCUGGCAGCCUGUGUUGCCAUCCGAGACCCUGAUCUUGGCUACUUUCUCCUCUCUGCGACGCCUUAUGAGCCCAUCGCACUGACCUUUGAAACGCCUGAUGACGAACCAAUCACCGUACAACAGGAGAGUCCCGCCCGUGAGCGUGAGAUGAGCAUGGCACCUUUGGACUUUUACGAACCCCGACCAGUGUACAGUAUUCCACAUACCUUUAGCGAGUCGUCUGCCGUGUCAGAGCUGCUAGAACGCCUUCGCACAUCUCGCCACAAGACCAUUGUUAACCAGGAGGUGAGACUAAGCCCGCUCACGCUGUCCCUCUUCACCGACGCACAUAAGAUACUCAGUGAUGAGACAUACCGGCUGGGCGUGGCGGCGGCCGAAGUCUUUCGCCGAUGCGAACUGCUACAAGCGGAGCUACGGCAGCAGGUCAGGAAGGCAAACGAGGUCAAGAGCAAGAUUGACACCAUCAACGGAUCUCAAAGAGAGGACAAUGAACCGGAUAGUGCAAUGUACGAGAGGCGGAUCAAUGAGGCAAGGGAGCGACAGGAACGACUGACGCAACGGAUGGAGGACCUGCGAAAGAUGGUCAGUAAGACUACCUCGCGUGAACUCAGUACCAAAGAGCGGGCGUUUGUAGAGGAGGUCAAAGCAAUGGACACUAGCGUAUCUGGACCGGCUGGAGCUGAAGCUGGGCCUAGGAACCAGGCCAAACAGGUAUGGAGGCGGCUGGAGGAGGUCAAGAGGUUACAGACUGAGCUGGUGGCCGAGGCCGAGGCCCUGAAGACGGCGAGCGGCACCGCAUCCCCGGCUAGCAGCGUGGAGCUGCGUAUUCCUCAAGACAUACGACGCAGCAAACUGCAGCAAGUGCAAGGACUACUGUCCCGCGAGUCUGCGCUAGUUGAAGCCGUAACGUCACGACUAGAGCGGCUUCAGGCCAGCUUGUAAAAUAAAAUGCCCCCGGACUCGACUUGGGAAGAGGUUGGACACUGAUGGGACUAGAACGGGUUAUGAUGGCUAGGGCAGGGAACACUGCCAAUAAGGCUGUGUUGUUAAUGAGCUUUGAGGGUAAUGGAUUUACAUCUGCGGUGAACGAACAUUGGACCAAUACAAUUUUUGACCUCUAAAUGGAUGAACGCUUGUUCUGUCACAUGGCUUGCUGUGACGACGCUUCCCAUUCAGACUAUGACACGGCACAGUAGAUGGCUUGACUAACACUUGAGAUUUUACGAUUGGCAUACAAGAGUCAGAGGCUGGGUGGUCAAUCUGUCCAAUCCAGGUACGUGGAUAUAGAGAGGAGUGCCACAUCCCUGCCAAUGUCUCUGUCCAUCUCCACCGCCCAUCUCGAAUCAGUCGGCGAUGUGAACGCCACAAUGGCGGCCUACGACGUCCUGGUGGAUGGGACGCGGGAGGCUCUAUGCGGAC